AUGAGCGGAGAUUCCAGAGGUAACGGAAGUGAGACAGUUGGUGGCGUCAGCAGUGGGAGCGGAGGCAGUGGAGGUGAUCCGAAUGGUGGAGGUGGUCUGAGUAGGGGCCUUUGGAGUGAUCCGCCAUUAGGUUCCAAUUCUCUGCGAAAGGCAAGGGAGACGAGGAGUGACAAGGACAGUGAUAUGGCAAAUGGGUGGAAGGGGUUAUUCGCUGCUGUUAAUGCUUCGAAGAAGAAGGAGAAGGAAAAGUACGAUGGACGUGAGACAGAGGAAGACGAAGGCGAGAAAGGGGCUCAACAGAAACCAACAAUGCAGUUUACAGCUGAAGAAUAUGAAGCGUGGUGCAUGCUGUGGAUGAAUUCGUUGAUCGUGAAAUUACUGGGCAAACCGAUCACGAGGGCAUUGUUAAAAACACGACUUCAAAGAAUGUGGAGAACUACAGAGCCGAUAAAUGUUAUGGUUCUCAACAAUGGAUAUUUCAUUGUUUCCUUCACGUCUAAGGAGGUGUGGGACCAUGCAUAUCAGGAAGGUCCAUGGAUGAUGGAUGACCAUUACCUUCUCAUUCAAAAGUGGAGGCUAAAUUUUAACAUGUCGAAGGCAGAUACUCAGGGAUGCAUUGUUGCUUGGAUAAGAAUUCUAGAUUUACCUGUCGAGUUCUAUAGUGUGGAAGCAUUAAGGCAUAUUGGAAAUAUGGUGGGUAAGACCAUUAAGUUAGAUUUAUCUACUUCAUUACAUGACAAGGGUGGCUUUGCGAGAAUCUGUGUUGAACUUGACCUGGACCAGCCACUACUAUCGUCGUUUGUUGCUUUUGGCGAGGAUAUUCACAUAGAGUAUGAGGGACUGCACAUGGUUUGCUUCUGUUGUGGUGUUUAUGGCCGUUAUGAGGGUCAAUGCUUGGAGAAAGUUUGCACGAAUCUGACUGAAACAAUAGGGAAAAAGGCUAAAGAUCAAGUAUGUGAAGACAAAAUGGGAAAGGACGGAAGCAGCACGAUAGGGUCAGAUAUGAAGAGUGAAUGGGAAAGAUUUGGUAGGGAUGGAUAUCUUGAGCGAAAAAGUAGGAGGUGUUUGAAGGAUAUGAAGAAGGGAGAAUCAAUAGGAGGAUUCGGGGGAGCAUCUGGAAGCGUGAAGUCACGGGAUUUGAAGAACAUUAUUGAGACAACUAAGGAGGCAGGAAUUAACCCAAAAGGGAGACCAAAAAGGAAAUUCAAGGGUAAAGAGAAUAUACCCGUAGGAAGGCGCAAGGGUACGACAAAUGGACAAGAUAAAGGUCCCAUCAGUAAUAUUAGCAACAUAAUGGGCUUUAAUCCAUUUUCAAUACUUGACAUUGGGCCAAAUUCAUCUCUAGAAAAUCAUUGCCAUCAAACCAAGCUGACUGUGGAGGUUGAUGACAGUGACCAGAUGGUUGUUGGGCCACCCAACAUAGAGAAAGGACUCGUAAAUGAUUACAAAGACCUUGACAUGAGUAAUUUGGCCACACAAAGUGGUUUAGAGUCGAAAAAUUCAAAAGAAAUAAGAGAAACCCAGUCUGUGGAUAUAGUCUUGGAGGAUAUUAUAGGGGGUUCUAGCCUAAACAACCUUCAAGUUGGUGAUAAGGCUAAGAAGAUAGCUGCUGGUCUGGGUUUUGAUAGUUUUGGUAUUGUUGAUGCUUAA